ACCGCUUUUUUCUUUAAUUUUCAGUCUGUUGAAAGGCUUGAAAGCGAACGAACGUUAAUUUAAGUUGGUCGCGCACAUUAUCUUAUGAUUAAAAAAUAAAAAUAACAAUUUUGAAGAUUUUUUUAUAUUUUUUCUUUAUUUUUCAAACCGGCAUAUUUAGAUAAAGUUUGAAAUUUUAUGAAUACAAAGUAUAAAAUUUACCUACAUAUUUGAUGAUUUCUCCAAGUGAAAUUUUUAAAAUAAUAAAAAAAAUUUCUUUAGGAAAAGAAAAAUUAAAGAAAAGUUGAAUGAAUUGCGGCUGUUGUGGUCUAUAAAGUUUUUGUGUCAAGAACAGAUUUAUUGAUUUAAAAAUUUAAAGAGAACGGUAGACAUUUUUGCUGAUUUUAUUUUAAAUUUACUAUUUUUUAAAAAAGGUGUAUAAAAAAUUGUUUCAUUUUUGUUUAAUAAAUUGAAAUUAAUUACGAAACUUUUGGAAAAAUGAAAAAUUUUGAUAAAAUGUUCAUUUGUUGGAUGGAUCGGAUAGUUUGGUUUAUCCUAAUGAUGGUGUUUUCGAAUCUCUUAGUGGAAAUUACAGGAGUACCACCAAAGAAAGUUAUAAAUGUAGCAACAGAGAAAAAAGACUUAUCCCACUUAAAUGAAAUUUCUACAAUGAGAGAUGUUGAAACUUCUACAAGAGAACUAAGUAUACACAAAUUAAUAGCAAUGCCAACACAAAGUUCAAAAAUCAAUACAAAUAUUGAAGUUGAUGAUAGUGGUAAAAUAAUUAGCAAAGAACAACAGCAGACGAUAUUGGACAGCAUUUUCAAUAUUCCUAUAUCAACAUUAAAAGCUGUUAACAAUUUAGUUCAAGUAAUUGUCGGAAGUAUUCCAAUACCUGGAACACGAAAACCUCUUGGACAACAAAAUCAAGAACCAAUAAAACUACAAAGGAUUAAAUUUAAGCAUCCGCAUACCAAAGAUUUUAAUUUAACAGUUUUAAGAAUUUAGACUUUUUUUUAAUUGAUUUCAGUUGUAAUUAUAAUAUUUUCGUGCAUAAGAAUUUUUUAAUUAAUUUAAAAUUAAGUAACUUAAGUUUUUAUUCUUGUAAAAUAAAAUUGUG